GGGCCCAGCCAGGCACACCGCUCCCUACAGUGCACAUGAGGACGAUGCCCACUGGCACCUGUGGGGAGGGGAUGUAGAAGGCGGCGGCGCCGGCCGCUCCUGGCACCAUGGACGAUGCCGCGGUCUUAAGGAAGAAGGGUUACAUCGUGGGCAUCAAUCUUGGCAAGGGCUCCUAUGCAAAAGUCAAAUCUGCCUACUCCGAGCGCCUCAAGUUCAAUGUGGCCGUCAAGAUCAUCGACCGCAAGAAAACGCCCACCGACUUUGUGGAGAGAUUCCUUCCUCGGGAGAUGGACAUCCUGGCCACAGUGAACCACCGCUCCAUCAUCAAGACCUACGAGAUCUUUGAGACGUCCGACGGGCGCAUCUACAUUGUCAUGGAGCUGGGCGUCCAGGGUGACCUCCUCGAGUUCAUCAAGUGCCGAGGGGCUCUGCAUGAGGAUGUGGCUCGCAAGAUGUUCCGCCAGCUCUCUUCGGCCGUCAAGUACUGCCAUGACCUGGAUGUCGUCCACCGAGACCUCAAGUGUGAGAACCUUCUCCUUGACAAGGACUUCAAUAUCAAGCUGUCCGACUUCGGCUUCUCCAAGCGCUGCCUGCGGGACGGUACCGGGCGCAUCAUCCUCAGCAAGACCUUCUGCGGGUCAGCGGCCUACGCAGCCCCCGAGGUGCUGCAGGGCAUCCCCUACCAGCCCAAGGUGUACGACAUCUGGAGCCUGGGCGUGAUUCUCUACAUCAUGGUCUGCGGCUCCAUGCCCUACGACGACUCCGACAUCAAGAAGAUGCUGCGCAUCCAGAAGGAGCACCGUGUGGACUUCCCCCGCUCCAAGAACCUGACAGGCGAGUGCAAGGACCUCAUCUAUCGCAUCCUGCAGCCUGACGUCAACCGGCGGCUGCACAUUGAUGAGAUCCUCAGUCACUCGUGGCUGCAGCUCCCGAAGCCCAAAGCUAUGUCUUCCUCCUCCUUCAAGAGGGAGGGAGAGGGCAAAUACCGAGCGGAGUGCAAACUGGAUCACCGGCCCGAUCACCGGCCUGAGCACCGACCUGACCACAAGCUGGGGGCCAAAACCCAGCACCGGCUGCUGGUGAUGCCCGAGAAUGAUGACAGGAUGGAGGACCGGCUGGCCGAGACCUCCAGAACCAAAGACCAUCAUCACACCCCUGGAGCUGAGGCGGGGAAAGCGAGCACCUAG